CUCUGAUGACAAACGUCGAAAACAUAAAAGUGAUUAAUGAUUGCGAAUAAAAGUCGAAAACUCAAAAUUUGAAAUCAGGUACUCAGAAGGAAAGCCUUUUAUUCCAAGGCGGGGAGCAGGAAAUUAGUCAAAUGCAGGGCUGAAGGUGAACUAUCAUUGAGUUUUGGCAAUACCCGUACCCGUGCCCAGACCCGUCCGGUAAAGAUUAAAACCAUUUCGAUCUGCGACGCCACAAGUAGACGUCGGUGCUGGAUCUAACAUGAAGACGCGAACGAUCGCGGGAGCGGUAGUGGCUUGUGUUUUUAUCACAUGCACAGGGCUGCUGUACAUGUACCAAGAGAUCCUUCCUGGGAACCCAGCAUCCGCACCACCACGAGCCAACGCCUCUGGCCACGAAGCGGCACGCGCGUACGAUUACACCGACAUACUUGGUCAGAAGACUUUUCACAUGCACUGUAACAUCUGCACGCUGGUCACUAGCUCUGGCCAGCUCACGGGGAGCCAGUGCGGUGCCGAGAUCGACAGGGCCGAGUGUGUGAUCCGCAUGAACGACGCGCCCAUACGCGGCUACGAGCAGGACGUCGGGCGUCGCACGAGUCUGCGCGUGGUCGCGCAUUCCAGUGUGCAGCAGGUGCUUAGAAACCGACAUGAGCUAUUUAACGACCGCCAGGACACCGUGCUGCUGGUGUGGGGUCCUGAGAGAAGCAUGCGGCGUGACGGUAAGGGGUGGGUCUAUAACCACCUCCACCGCGUCUCCGUGUCGCCCAAGCUCCAAAUGUUCCAGGUCUCACCCCUUAAGAUGCAGUGGUUCGACGAGCUCUUCAGGACGGAGACAGGCAUGGACAGGGUACGUUCCAACACGUGGCUGAGUACAGGAUGGUUUACCAUGGCAAUUGCCAUGGAGAUUUGUGACAGGAUCAACGUAUACGGCAUGGUUCCUCCUGACUUCUGCACGUCACCCCGUGCCCUCCGGAAGCCGUAUCACUACUACCAGCUGUCCGGCCCCAGCGAGUGUGACAUGUACCUCACCCACGAGAGAACCCGCCACGGAGGCCGACACCGUUUCUUCAAGGAGAAAUAUGUGUUCGCCCACUGGGCGCAAACGCACGACAUCCACUUCUACCAGCCUGAGUGGAAGCACUGAGCGACCCUGUCCUUGGGCCGGGACGCUCGUAAUCACACAGGGCAGACCCGACUCUGCUUGCCGGCUGUCACAGUGUCCCUCAGGGUCCAAGCUAACAUCCCAAACUCUGCCCCGCUAUGCCCAGAUUUGUGAGGCAUGGGUUCUCCAGACUCUCCGCUCUGGGUACACAGGUGAACAGGAAGAGUAGAUGGGACCAUGAACCAAUCCGCACACCAGAAGGGUGUGGCAAUCACAUUCAUCUCAUUAUAUUUACAAAGGAUGUUUUUUAAAUCAGAAUUUCUAGUUGGUGUAUUAUGUACAAGACCUUAUGGAGUGAACAGGGGAGAAGGAAGGAGGAGUGGGUUUCCUGGUAUCCCCAUUCCAGGUAUCCCCAAGGAUUCUGCAUUGAAUGCCAUGAUGUCCAGUCACAAUGGGACUAAGACACAUGAGGAGACUACCUGGAAUUUCAGAAGAGAUUCUCAGUAUAGCAAAAAAGUUGCUUCCUUGAGCAAAUCGAUCAGAAUACCAAUGGUUUAUUAUGCCAUUUAACAAUAAUAAUAAUAUUUUGUUCAA